CACAACCUCUCUCACCGUCACCGUCACCACACAGCUCAGCUUCAGCUCAGGCAGGCAGUUGUCUGCAGACAUUCAUUGGCAGUGGUGGUGUUUCAGUGAAUUUUGUUUUCUAUACAUAAGUUCUAUUAUAGAAUUCAUUGCCAACGAAUUCAUAUGCUAAUUAAAGCAUUUCGUAAUUCUUAUACAUAUGACGCAAUGAGCGCGGCACACAAAGAAAAGUUGAUUGAUCUGGUGAAAUUGAAUCCAGGAUUGUGGAGACAGAGCCGAAAGGCCCCUGGAUUGAAGCAAAAGUUGUGGGAUAGCAUUGGAAUAGAACUUGGCACUACUGGUUAUGAUGCUCGAAGGCAAUGGGAAAUACUUCGGGACCAACUAAGACGAGAGAAUAAAUGUUACAAACAAAAUCCGAACUACAAGUCAAAGUGGAUGUUCUACACCAAAAUGCUGUUUACUCUCCCUCAAAAGGACACCCCAGCUUCGCUCUACUCUGAUGACGGGGAGCAAUACCAGUCUGACCAAAAAAUGCAAACCGAAGAGUAUCAAUAUCUCAUACCAAAAACCGAAGAGGCCCCAUCAAUCAUUCAAGUGCGAAAGGAUCUCCAGGAGCAAAUAUCUGUGAUGAUAGAUGCUCCAAGUCAUCAACCAUCAGUUGAUGAAUUUAAUCCAUCGCCUCUGGCGACAACAGAAAUUGUCGACGAUUAUUACCCGUCAACAAGUGCUGGAGUCUCUUCAUCGACCCAAAUUCCUUCAUUUGCCAGCACUAAGGUUAUUGAACUUUGUGAGACGACAAGAAAAAGUCGGAACAAACGAUAUCCGGAUGAUUGUCCUUCGCAGCCACUACAGCUGUCUCCGUUGGAAGAGGAUGAUGAUUAUUAUUUUGCUAUGAGUUUAGUGCCAUCGUUAAGGUUAAUUCCGAGGACGAAAAAGCUUAGGGUAAGAUCGAAAAUGAUGGAUUUAAUUGCAGCUGCUUUGGAAGAUGAUGAUUAUGAAGAGGAGAAUGUAAGAGUGAUGAAUAUUGAGCGGGAAGAGAAAAUUAUUCAUGAUCAUGUAAUGUUGCAUCAGACAUCAAUGAAAAAAAAUUAACUGAAUUUUUGUUAAGAAUAAUAAAAUUAAGUUUAUAAAAUAAAUAAGUAGAUAAAUUAAUUAACAAAUAAAUAACUAUGCAACCUA